GGAGGGGGGGGGGGGGUGUUGGACUCUGCAUCUACGUAUGGAUUACAAACUUGUUUAAUUUGAUGUGGCUUGUCUUGUCAAAUUUGUCUAAAUUUCUGUUCUGCUAUACCCGAUAAGGGUGUAAGUAAUGCUGUCCUUUUAAUGUCAAUGCUUUAGUUUCUAUUGGCACCAAUAGGGCAAUGUCUUCACAAAUCAGUAUGACUAUGUUUUACUCUUGAACUUGACAUUGACAGCUGAAAUCAACACUAAGCUGUGCAGAACCUUGAUGAUUUUCACAUUGGGUAGGAAAAUGUUUAGAUCUGAGAUUUGGUUGGAUACUGCAACUAAAUAUGGGGGAGCACAUAUUUAGGCUGCCUGGAUCUUAAUUGACCUGUAGAUUGUACAUGUGCACCAAUGUUUCUAAGUUUCUUGGUCGCCCUUCAAAGUUGGGUCACUAACGGUCCUGCUGUUAUUGUUGAUUCUGGCAAUCAGGUUUGUAGAAUUGGAAUUGAUUUGUGUUGCUUUUUUACCCAAGCCACCAUUUCUCAUGCAGAUUUUAUACAACACUCCUACAUCAUUUCUCUGUAACAAAAUUUUGAAAAUUUUCUUAGUCAAUACAAAAUCUGUUUCAAUUUGUUGAUUUUGUUUAACGUGUAUUAAUAUGUACUAUAUUGGCACAUUUACUGGAGGAGUGUUUUUCUUCAGGGAUUUAGCCUUGUAUUGGUGCAGCACAAGGAAAGGGAUUUCCUUGUUGCAUUUGGUGGGACCAAAAAGGAUCCAUCGAAUCAGGUGGAAGUACUGAUCAUGGAAAAGAAUGAGUCAUCUAUGGGUCGGCUGUCCACACUGAAUAGAGGUCCAGGAACUUUGCUGUCUGAGAAUCGGUCAUCAUCCAUUGGGUCAGCUACUCUACAAAGUAACAGUAAUCUGAAUGGUUCAUUUGACUCUGUUGCAAGACAAAAUCUAGCAUCUGCAAUUGAACAACAUGGGUCUGGUAGGAAAUCUUUGUCAGAGUCCUUACUUGUCGAUCCACAUCCUGUUUCUGGUAAUUUCUCACUCUGUAAACCAUUUUACAAUGAGGAAGAUAGCGCAGCUGUGAAGAUGCCAAAGAGUUCAGAAUAUGAAAGUUCCUAUCAGGUAAUGGAGCAGAGAACCAAACAACUUGAUGUGGGCAUUCAGACUACGAUUAAUGGGGGUAAAAUUCAUGCAGAGGAGAUGUCCUGUGUACAUGAAUCCGAAAACUUGAACUUGGAUAACAAACAAGAAAAUGGAAACUUUACAGAAGAUAGUAAUGAUGGUGUAGUACUUCAACAAAGUGAUGGUAAAUCAGGAGUACCAUCGGCUCCUUCAAGUGUCUACCAAUUUUAUGAAAUGAGAUUGGCUGGGCUAAUAACAAAGAAUGGAAUCUUGGAAGGGCAGUUGGCAGCUGCAUUGGCUAGCCGUGAAGCAGCAGAGAAGAAUUUAUCUUCUGCUCUUAAGAGUAGACAGGAGAUGGAGAAAAAGUUGGCAGAUACUGUGAAGGAGAUGGAGUUGCUGAGAGAGAAGCUAGCGGGAGUAGAAUUAGCACAGGAAGAGGCCAACAGCCUAUCAAAUAUUGUCCAUUCUGACAAUGUAAGGCUUGAGCAUGAUGUGGCUUUCCUUAAGGCGGUUAUGGAUGACACCCAGAAGGAGCUGCAUUCAACUAGAGGAGUCCUUGCUGGGGAAAGGGCAAGAGCAUUCCAAUUACAGGUCGAAGUUUUCCAUCUAAAACAAAGAUUGCAGUCCCUGGAGAACCGAGCACCAACACCUCGGAAGCCUUUCCACGUCUAGUAUGUUGUCUUGCUCUCUCAUAUUAUUAGUUAUGAUGAGCCUGUAUAUAUUUUUUAAAUCUUCCCCCGGAAUGUUUAUAUAUUUCCUAAGAAUCAUUGUCAUACUGGUGAAACAUUCCACGUAUUAUUUUUGAGGAUGUA